CCUGAAGAUCACUGACGUCAUUGGUUUCUUCUCGUAUUUUUCCGAGUUCCCAGUUGUUUUGAACGUGGCAGAAGAGAACCACCGGACCUCUAUGUGCUGCGCUCUCUAGAUUCACCUAACAGUCGAACUGACAGAUCAGAUCCACACUGGAGCAUGGCUUGUCAACAACGCUUCAUCAAUCGGAGCAUGGCUUGUCAACAACCCUUCUUCAAUCCGAGAUUGCCAUUCACUGGCUGUAUCCAGGGAGCUCUGCAUGAGGGGAAGACCAUCACUGUGACAGGGAGAGUCCUGCCAGGAGCCCAGAGGUUUCAUGUGAAUUUGCAAUGUGGCUCAAGAGGAAAUCCCGACGUAGCCCUCCACUUCAACCCCCGAUAUGAUGGCUCCAAAGACGUUGUGAUCUGCAACACCAUGCAGCACUCUAAGUGGGGCUCAGAGGAGCGUGAAUACCCUGCAUCCAUGACCCGGGGGGCCAACUUUACCCUCAUGUUCCUGGUCAACCGAGAUUCAUAUUCGGUGAUUGUGAAUGGUGCCCACUUCAUGGAGUACCUGCACCGGCUGUCAUUCUCCAGCGUGGACACCAUCUCCGUGGAUGGGGGAGUGGAGAUCCAAUCCAUUGCCUUCUCCAACCCUGCAGUGACAUCACCUCCUCCCCAACCAGGAUAUGCUGUCCAUCCACACAUUGGUCAACAGAACCAAACUAAAUCUCGUCACAGUAAAUCAGGUCCCAAAACUCGUCAAUGGUGUAAUGCCACACAGGCUUUCUCGGCUGCGUUUUGCGCCCCAGGAUUUGCUCAGACACCCCCUCCAUACACCCCCCCAGCCAUCCUUGUUGUGCCAUAUAAAAAUAUAAUAGUAGGUGGACUUUAUCCAGGCAGAAACAUCAUCAUCCAGGGUGUGGUCAACCACAACGCUGAUAAGUUCUGUGUUAACCUGCGUUUCAACUCGGGGGUGGCGCUUCACUUCAACCCCAGGUUUAAUGAGAACAUUGUCGUGCGUAAUAGUCUCCUGAAGGAACAGUGGGGUCCAGAGGAGAGGACAGGGGGCAUGCCCUUCUACAGAGGCCAGCCUUUUACGGUGACCAUUAUGUGUGACACCAAGUGCUACAGGGUGAUGGUGAAUGGAGUCCAGAUGUUCAGCUACAACCACCGCCACUUCCUGCUCCAGGAGAUAGAUAUCCUGGAGGUGGAAGGGGACGUGAGCCUGUCCUCUGUGCUGGUCUAAGUAAUGACUCUGUCUUCUGUUAUGGUUUGAGUUACAUACACUAAGGUCAAAGGGGGUAGGAUCUGAUCAGGACAUUAUAAAGACCGAUGGGUGAGAAAUCAUGUCUUCUGUGUGUGGACAUUUUCUGUGUUGAAAAACUGGCGUUUUGCUAUGUUGCUGAUGGCGAAUGUUGAUAUCAUGUUGGGCAAGAUGUUUUAAUUAAUAUUUUAUCUUAUUUCAUAAACAUUUUAAUUUAGAAUAGAAUAUGUAAAAUUCUCUCUGUACUGACAAUGUUUCCACAGCAAAUAAACUUCAAUAUUGGAA